AUGGAAGCUUCUGAGACAGAAGGUCGCAGUUUUAUGCAGGCGAUCUGUGAGAAGUACAGCCCGGAAAACUUCCCUUGCCGUCGGGGUCCUGGCCUGGGUGUCGUGGUUGUGCCGUCUGUACAUCAGGGAUCACCUAUGAAAGACCGUCUGAACCUGCCCAGUGUUCUGGUUUUGAAUGGCUGUGGAAUCAGUCAUGCAGGAGAAGAGGGAGAAAUCUCUGCCUUCUGUACUCAUGUUGUUGAACUUGAUCUGUCCCAUAACAAGCUCCAAGACUGGCAUGAGAUCAGCAAGAUUGUUUCUAACAUCCCGAACCUGGAGUUCUUAAACCUCAGCUCUAAUCAGCUGAGUGAUGCAGUCUUGGAGCCGGACUGCACAAAGGCCUUUUCUAGCAUCCGCCGCCUCGUUCUUAACAAUACCCAGGUGUCGUGGGAAACAGUGCACACAUUCACACAAGAGAUGCCUGAACUAGAGGAGCUGUUCCUGUGCCUUAAUGAGUACACCACUGUGACACCGGCCGCCAUGCCCUGCCCCACACUGCGUCUGCUUCACAUCACAGAUAACAACCUCCAGGAGUGGAGUGAAGUACGAAAAUUUGGCUCUAUGUUUCCUGCACUUGACACUCUGGUUAUGGCCAACAACAACCUGAGCUCCAUUCAAGACUCGGUAGAAAUCCUUCAGAGGCUCUUCCCUAACCUUCGAAGCAUCAAUCUGCAUAACUCAGGGCUUAAUCGAUGGGAGGACAUUGAGAAGCUAAACUGUCUGCCCAAACUAGAAGAAGUGAGGUUGCAAGGCAUUCCUCUACUGCAAGCUUACACAAGCAUGGAGCGUCGCAGUCUAAUGAUAGCCCAACUGCCAUCAGUGACCUCCCUGAAUGGGAGUGUCGUGACGGAUGGUGAGAGAGAAGACGCUGAGAGAUUCUUCAUCCGUUAUCACUUGGAUCAUUCAGAGGAAGCGCUGCCCCACAGAUAUCACUGCUUGGUGACCAAAUAUGGGAAACUGGCUCCUCUGGCUGAGAUCGACCUGAGACCACGUUUCCAUGCCAAAGUGGAGGUACGCUAUGAAGACAAAGUGGAGCAGGUGAGUAUCCGUUUAGACCAGACGGUCGCAGGGCUGAAGAAGCAGCUGAGGACUGUUGUGCAGCUCCCCACCAGCAACAUGCGCCUUUACUACAUCGACAAGAGUUCUGCCUUUGGCCCCGAUGAGUUGAAAUACAAAGCACGGGCCCUGCACUCUUACAGCAUUCAAGAUGGGGAUGAGAUCCUGGUAGUUCCUAAAACAAAAUAACCAUCUUUCUUCAGGAUCACAAAAAAAGCUAUAUUUAAAUAACCAAAUCCACUUUGAAUUAGCGCCAUCUAAGCUCCACAGAGUGAAUGGGACUGUCUUUCGGGGAAAAGCUUCUAGGAUUUGCUGGGGGUUUAGUUCGGCAAAUAAUCUGUCACAUCUCUACACGGUCAUAAGAAACACCGUGUGCACCUUUGGUUUUGUUGCUGUUAUUAAAGGUUUGCUUUUUGUCUUCAGACUUCACUAGCACCCCUGUAUUUUGAAACGCCUGUUUCUUCAAAUGUAAAGGACAGCAGAGGGCUAUGGCAGCCCAGGAUGUGCAUAUUACAGAUUUUAAGACAAUCACCCAUAGCUGAAAAAAAAAAUGUUGCACUGCACUGAUGUCUUAAAGAAGAUAUCAUGGAUAUCCAUUGCCUGCUGAUGUGUGUUGUAUGCUGUCAGCCGUUAUUUACAUGCAAAAGACUCUCAGGCCUUAUAUAUUAUAUGGGCAGUGCUAGAUUAACAUGAGGAAAGAUUUGUGAAACAUCUUAUUCACAAAUCUUUUCAAAUGUCCAGUUCGAUUUUAUUAUCCAAUUGAAGAAUCCAGAAGGGAAUUGCGGAGUCGCCUGCAUUUGCUAUUUUGUGUGGUAUCUUUUUGUUUUGAUCCCUCAGAAUAUUUAUUUUAGUACUUUCUCUGCCGCAUUGGAAGUGGGCACUUAAACUUGUACCUCCAACACAAAGCAUAUGCUGAGAAAA